CUUGUCCGAGUCGCUGAGCCGAUCGCCCUCACCUCAAUUUUUCCCUAUGCCUGGAAACUCGUGCUCGACUUUAAUGUAACUGAUCGCGCAAAUGCGUCCUUCUAUGCCGGCUUGCUGAUCUCAGCUUUUGCUCUUGCUGAAUCUUUGACAGGAUUAGCAAUUGGUGGUUUCCUUAAUGGCAACAUCGGCGUCAUUCAGACAAUGGUCGGAGAGCUCACUGUCAACCCCAAGCACGAGCCUCGCGCAUACUCGGUUAUGCCUUUCGUCUGGUCUAUUGGCACAAUCAUCGGCCCUUCGAUCGGUGGAAUCUUCUCAGCUCCCGCGGACAACUUCCCCGAGGUCUUCUCUCCUAACGGAAUUUUCGCCAAAUUCCCUUAUCUGCUACCCAACUUGAUCUGCGCAGCAUUGAUGCUUUUCUCGAUCGUUUGCGGAUUCUUCUUCCUUGAAGAGACUCACCCUGACAUGCAACCCUGGAGUACUGUGGACGAUCUCCAGCACACUGAAGCCGAAACUCCACUUUUCGCUGCUCAGGCCGGAACAACCACAGCUGCAGUCGACUUGCGCAAUGAGUCUUACGGCACCUUCAACAAGGUCGUCCAAGAUCAGGAAUGGAAUGUCUUGCCCGACGGAACGGAUGCGCCAAAGGAGGCAGAACCCCAGGAUCAAGUUGUCUUUACCAAGCGCGUGGUCAUGUUGAUUAUCGCCCUUGGCAUCUUCACGUACCACAGCAUGUCUUACGAUCACCUCCUGCCCAUCUUNUUCCAGGACUCGCGUGUGGAGAGCAGAGUCCACGGAAACAAGCUAAGUUCAAUGGCAGGCGGUCUCGGAUUGACAAUUCAAGAUGUAGGCGUUGUUAUGUCUGUGAACGGCAUCAUCGCACUGGGCGUGCAAGCUAUUGUGUUCCCUCUCGCAGCAGCUUGGCUGGGCGUCUGGAAGUUGUUCAUCGUCACUACUGUCUUGCAUCCCCUUGCUUACAUUGUGGUGCCUUACCUGGUACUUCUUCCUGAAGAGUGGCUCUACCCAGGCAUCUACGCUUGUCUGACUAUUCGCAAUAUCUUUGCCAUUCUCGUUUACCCGGUCCUCCUUAUUCUGCUGAAGGAGGCUUCUCCAUCGCCCUCUUGUCUGGGUAAGAUUAACGGUUUGGCAGCUAGCACUGGCGCUGCCUGUCGCACUCUCGCUUCCNNCCCUAUCGCAGGUAUUCUCUACGGUAUCGGCAUCGACAUCGACUUCACAGCCCUUGCAUGGUGGGUCAGCGGUGCUGUCGCUGUCAUCGGUGCUUUCCAGGUCUUCUUCAUCAACCGCAAGAAGAGCAGUGAAUGGCAUCAAGUGCGCGCUCGUGCUCCCUGCCGCUUCAUGCCUCCUGAGGAACACAGACAGGAAAUUGUUCACAUUGUUGUUCAAGACGAGGAAGAGCAGGAAGUCGAAGCUAACGAGCAUCAGAGACUGUUGGUAUAA